GCCCGCAAGGCAGCCGGGGACCACGGCAAAGGGCUGCACAUCCCCCGCCUGACCGAGGUCUUUCUCGGCCUCGUCCAAGGCACCAACCUCAUCCAGCGGUUGAUCAACGUGGCCUACACCUACGACAACCUCGCCCACAGGGUCCUGAAGGCUCAGUCGGACCACAGGUCCCGGCACGAAGUGACCCACUACUCCAUGUGGCUGCUGGUGAGCUGGGCCCACUGCUGCUCCAUGGUGAAGUCCAGCCUGGCCGACAGCGAGCACCUCCACGACUGGCUCAAGAAGCUCACGCUGCUGGUGCCAGAGACGGCGGUGAGACACGAGGCGUGUAACGGCCUCUACAAGCUGUCCCUGUCAGGCCUGGAGGGAGGGGAGUCCAUCAACAGGUCCUUCCUGCUGCUGGCUGCCUCCACGCUGCUCAAGUUCCUGCCUGACGCCCAGGCCCUCAAACCACUCCGGGUGGAGGACUACGAGGAGGAGCCCCUGUUGAGGACGGGCUGUAAGGAGUACUUCUGGCUGCUGUGCAAGCUCAUCGACAACAUCCACGUCAAAGACGCCAGCCAGACUACCUUGUUGGACCUGGACGCCCUGGCAAGGCACCUGGCCGACUGCAUCCGGAGCCGUGAGAUCCUGGACCAGCAGGACGGGGCGGUGGAGGACGACGGGCUGACGGGCCUGCUGCGGCUGGCCACCAGCGUGCUGCGCCACAAGCCGCCGUUCAAGUUCUCGCGCGAGGGCCAGGAGUUCCUGCGCGACGUGCACGACCUGCUCUUCCUGCUGCCCAGCCUGGCCGACCGCUCGCAGCCCAAGGCCAAGUCGCACGCGGCGCGCGCCGCCGCCUACGACCUGCUGGUGGAGACGGUGAAGGGCUCGGUGGAGAACUACCGGCUGCUGCACAACUGGGUCAUGUCCCAGCACAUGCAGGCCUCCCACGCCCCCUACAAGUGGGACUACUGGCCCCACGACGACGUGCGGGCCGAGUGUCGCUUCGUGGGCCUCACCAACCUGGGGGCCACCUGCUACCUGGCCUCCACCAUCCAGCAGCUCUACAUGAUCCCCGAGGCCCGGCAGGCCGUGUUCACCGCCAAGUACGCAGAAGAGAUCAAGCACAAGACCACUCUACUGGAGCUCCAGAAAAUGUUCACCUAUCUGAUGGAGAGUGAGAGGAAGGCGUACAACCCGCGCCCCUUCUGCAAGACCUACACCAUGGACAAGCAGCCCCUCAACACGGGCGAGCAGAAGGACAUGACCGAGUUCUUCACCGACCUCAUCACCAAGAUCGAGGAGAUGUCCCAUGACCUGAAAAACACAGUGAAGACACUGUUUGGAGGGGUCAUCACCAACAACGUGGUCUCCCUGGACUGUGACCACGUCAGCCAGACGGCGGAGGAGUUCUACACCGUCAGGUGCCAGGUGGCUGACAUGAAGAACAUCUACGAGUCCCUGGAUGAGGUGACCAUCAAGGACACCCUGGAGGGGGACAACAUGUACACCUGCUCCCAGUGUGGGAAGAAGGUCCGAGCAGAGAAGAGGGCGUGCUUCAAGAAGCUUCCGCGCAUCCUGAGCUUCAACACCAUGCGCUACACUUUCAAUAUGGUGACCAUGAUGAAAGAGAAGGUCAACACGCACUUCUCCUUCCCGCUGCGCCUGGACAUGACCCCCUACACCGAGGACUUCCUCAUGGGCAAGGGCGACAGGAAGGAGGGUUUCCGGGAGGAGGGCGAGAGCAAGGUGGCGGAGAGCUACGAGUAUGACCUCAUCGGCGUGACGGUCCACACGGGCACGGCCGACGGCGGCCAUUACUACAGCUUCAUCCGGGACAUCGUCAACCCCCACGCCUACAAGAGCAACAAGUGGUACUUGUUCAACGACGCGGAGGUGAAGCCCUUCGACUCUGCCCAGCUGGCGUCGGAGUGCUUCGGUGGAGAGAUGACGACCAAGACGUACGAUUCGGUCACGGACAAGUUCAUGGAUUUCUCCUUUGAGAAGACCCACAGUGCCUACAUGUUGUUCUAUAAGAGGGUGGAGCUGGAGGAGGAGAACGGGAAGGACUUCAACUUUGACGUGUCUCCCGACCUGCUGGAGUGGAUCUGGCACGACAACAUGCAGUUCCUGCAGGACAAGAACAUCUUCGAGCACACCUAUUUUGGCUUCAUGUGGCAGCUCUGCAGCAGCAUCCCCAGCACUUUACCAGACCCCAAAGCCAUCUCCCUCAUGACCGCCAAGCUGAGCACUUCGUUUGUUCUGGAGACCUUCAUUCACUCCAAGGAAAAGCCCACCAUGUUGCAGUGGAUCGAGUUGCUGACCAAGCAGUUUAACAACAGCCAGGCAGCCUGUGAGUGGUUUCUGGACCGCAUGGCGGAUGACAACUGGUGGCCCAUGCAGAUCCUCAUCAAGUGCCCCAAUCAGAUCGUCCGACAGAUGUUCCAGAGGCUGUGCAUCCACGUGAUCCAGAGGCUGAGGCCCGUGCACGCUCACCUCUACCUGCAGCCUGGCAUGGAGGACGGCUCGGACGACAUGGACGGGCCGGUGGAGGACAUCGGCAGCCGCUCGUGCGUGACGCGCUUCGUCAAGACGCUGCUGUCCAUCAUGGAGCACGGCGUGAAGCCCCACAGCAAGCACCUGACCGAGUACUUCGCCUUCCUCUACGAGUUCGCCAAGAUGGGAGAGGAGGAGAGUCAGUUCCUGCUGUCUUUGCAAGCCAUCUCCAUCAUGGUCCACUUCUACAUGGGCACCAAGGGCCCUGAGACUGACCUCUCCCCCAUGUUCCCACAGCCCCAGGUGGAGGUACUGUCUGAGGAGGAGGGAGAGGAGGAGGACGAGGAGGAGGACAUCCUGUCGCUGGCGGAGGAGAAGUACCGGCCGGCCGCCCUGGAGAAGAUGAUCGCGCUCAUCGCCCUGCUGGUGGAGCAGUCGCGCUCCGAGAGACACCUGACUCUGUCCCAGAGUGACAUGGCCGCCCUCACCGCAGGGAAGGGCUUCCCCUUCCUCUUCCAGCACAUCAGAGACGGCAUCAACAUCCGGCAGACCUGCAACCUUAUCUUCAGCCUGUGUCGCUACAACAACCGCCUGGCUGAGCAUAUUGUGUCCAUGCUCUUCACGUCCAUCGCCAAGCUCACCCCCGAGGCGGCCAACCCCUUCUUCAAGCUGCUCACCAUGCUGAUGGAGUUUGCCGGCGGUCCGCCCGGCAUGCCCUCCUUCGCCUCCUACAUACUGCAAAGGAUCUGGGAGGUGAUUGAGUACAACCCUUCCCAGUGUCUGGACUGGCUGGCAGUGCAGACCCCCAGGAACAAGCUGGCCCACAGCUGGGUGCUGCAAAACAUGGAGAACUGGGUGGAGCGCUUCCUCCUGGCCCACAACUACCCCCGCGUCCGCACCUCCGCGGCCUACCUCCUGGUCUCCCUCAUCCCCAGCAACUCGUUCCGCCAGAUGUUCCGCUCCACGCGCUCCCUGCACCUGCCCACGCGCGAGCUGCCGCUGUCGGCCGACACCACGGCCGUGCUGCACCAGGUGUACACGCUGCUGCUGGGCCUGCUGGGCCGCGCCAAGCUGUACGUGGACGCGGCCGCCCACGGCACCACCAAGCUGGUGCAGUACUUCAGCUUCAUGACCUACUGCCUCAUCUCCAAGACGGAGAAGCUCAUGUUCUCCGCCUACUUCAUGGACCUGUGGAACCUCUUCCAGCCCAAGCUGUCGGAGCCGGCCAUCGCCACCAACCACAACAAGCAGGCACUGCUCUCCUUCUGGUACAACGUGUGCGCCGAGUGCCCGGAGAACGUGCGCCUGGUGGUGCAGAACCCGGCCGUCACCAACAACAUCGCCUUCAACUACAUCCUGGCCGACCACGACGACCAGGAGGUGGUGCUGUUCAACCGCGGCAUGCUGCCCGCCUACUACGGCAUCCUGCGGCUGUGCUGCGAGCAGUCGCAGGCCUUCACCCGCCAGCUGGCCUCGCACCAGAACAUCCAGUGGGCCUUCAAGAACCUGACGCCGCACGCCAGCCAGUACCCCGGGGCGGUGGAGGAGCUGUUCAACCUGAUGCAGCUGUUCGUGGCGCAGCGCGCCGAGCCGGUCGAGCUGAGGGAGGAGGAGCUGGAGGACGUGAAGCAGUUCAAGAAGACCACCAUCAGCUGCUACCUCCGCUGCCUGGACGGCCGCUCCUGCUGGACCACCCUGAUCAGUGCCUUCCGUGUUUUACUGGAGAACGACGAGGACAGACUGCUAGUGGUCUUCAACCGAGGACUCAUAUUGAUGACGGAGUCCUUCAACACACUACACAUGAUGUACCACGAAGCCACCGCCUGUCAUGUGACCGGGGACCUGGCUGAGCUGCUGUCCAUCUUCCUGUCCGUCCUCAAGGCCACGCGGCCCUACCUGCAACGCAAAGACGUGAAGCAGGCCCUGAUCCAGUGGCAGGAGAGGAUCGACUUUGCCCACAAGCUGCUCACCCUCCUCAACUCCUACAGCCCCCCCGAGCUCCGCAACGCCUGCCUGGACGUCCUGAAGGAGCUAGUGCUGCUCAGUCCCCACGACUUCCUGCACACCCUGGUGCCCUUCCUGCAGCACAACCACUGCACCUACCACCACAGCAACAUCCCCAUGUCGUUUGGGCCCUACCUGCCCUGCAGAGAGAACAUCAAGCUGAUGGGGGGCAAGAACAACAUCCGCCCCCCCCGGCCUGAGCUCAACAUGUGCCUCCUGCCCUCCAUGGUGGAGACCAGCAAGGGAAAGGACGAGGUGUAUGACAGGAUGCUCCUAGACUACUUCCUGUCCUACCACCAGUUCAUCCACCUGCUGUGUCGGGUUGCCAUCAACUGCGAGAAGUUCACCGAGACCCUGGUCAAACUAAGUGUCUUGAUAGCCUACGAGGGCUUGCCUCUUCACUUGGCCCUCCUCCCCAAGCUUUGGACCGAGCUGAGUCAGUCUCAGUCGGCGCUGGCCAAGACGUGCGUGAAGCUGCUGUGUGAGGACCCGGCCUUCGGCGAGUACAUCAAGUGCAUCCUGAUGGACGAGAGGACCUUCCUGAACAACAACACAGCCUACUCCUUCCUCAGCAGCUUCCUCCACAAGGUGCAGAACCAGGUGCUGUCGGGCCCCAGCUGUGCCAACCUCACCAGCCUGCUGGUGACCAACCUGCUGAACGAGUACCGCAGCCUUCAGCCUGAGCUGGCUGCCCACCACCAGGAGCUGAGCAAGACCAGCGGGCUCCUCAACGCCGACUUGCGAGUGUUGGCGCUGAUGUUGUCGGUCCACACCCCCCAGGCCCUGGACCCGGCUCUGGGUCCCGCCCUGCAGGAGCUGCUGGCCAUGUGCCGGGCCUGCGUCCAGCAGCGCAGCGCUCUGGAGCAGGAGGCCAAGGAGCGCAAGGCCAAAGCGGAGGAGGAAGGCGCCACACCAGUGAAGCGCCGGCGGAUGAGCAGCGACGACGACCGCCCCGUGGAGGGAACCAGCGCGGGCACGGCCGGGGGUGGCUCCCUGCCCGUCUGCGCCCCCUCCACCUCCGCCUCCACGCUGCCCCCGUGCGCCGAGCUGAAACCCGAGCCCCCGGAGGCCCUGACGCCCGCCAGCACCUCCGACACGGAGACCCGGGACUCCUCCUCCCUCAUCGACCCCGGCACCGAGCACGACCCGCCCUCGCCAGACCCCGCUGCCACUGCCGCGGCCAACAACAACAGUGCCGCCGUCGACUCCUCCCCCAAGGAGGAGAAAAUGGAGGCCUCCUCGUCCUCCUCUUCGUCCUCGUCCUCGUCCUCCUCGUCUUCGGUGCCGGAGAGCGGCGAGCCAUACGGACGAGGGCAGGAGGCGCACUCGUCCCAGUCUCAGCAGAUGUCGAUGGGAGCAGAGGAGGAGGAGAGGCGGAGGAGGGGAGGGGAAGCCUCUUCGGCGGCGACAGAGGAGACGAGGGAUGAGGAGGCGGGCCCUAAGACUUGCGGCGGCUCGGCCACGCCCACCUCGGAGGAGCCGGCCUUCCCAUCGCCCCUGGGCCUGGUGGGGGAGCGGCCAGAGACUCCGGGAUGCAAUAGCCACGCCCCCUCUCAGGCUCUAUCGAACGCUGCCCCGCCCCCAGACACGCUGGACAUGCUCUACAGGACGGUGGAGGCCACCAUCGCCGUGGUUACCAAACUAUCCGGGAAAGGGCCCUGCCCGUCCUCGUCAUGACAUCCUCACCAUCAUCCGAGGCGCCACAUGCUCUUUUAAAAAGAAUUCUCUUUUUUCCGCAUUCUUUUUUUUUUUUUUUUUUUUUCUUUUCUUAAAGAAUUAUGCUCUUUGCAACACUUCCUUUCCCUACUUUUGUGUUAAUCUUCUGUCGGCUCCUCUGCCCUUUUACGUUGGCUCUGCUGCCGAUGCCAGUCCAACGUGCAUACGGUCGCUCACUUGACCUCAUCUCCUCUGCAGCUUCGAUGGCAGCCGCAGUGUACAGUACCCUCCGAGAACGACCUCGGACAAAAACAUGCACAGCCUACAAUCCACCGGGAUGAAAAGAUAGUUAUACGAGCUAUAGCACAUUUUUUUUUUUACAAGAGCAAAAAAAGAACAGACAUUCAUUUUGUUCUUUUUUGUUGUUGUUGUUCUUUGUUUUUUUUUUUUACUGAUUUCUGAGUUCCAUUUGAAGUGAUUUAUUUGUUUUAAGGUUGCUGUAACGGGGAAAGGUUUACAGAAAAUUUUAGUCUCUUCUGUAUGUAAUUUAAUUUUAUUGCAUUUUUACUGUGUAUAAAAUUGUGUCCUCCGUGCCAGUUUUGUACUUCUUGACGAGGCAAAACUUGCCUUGCUUCUUUCUGUGGUUAAUAUCCAAACUAAGUUUACUUGUACAUUAAAAGAGAACCACAAGAAACUUGAUUCUGUAAAGAAUCCUCUCUAGUUGUUGCCUGAAGGUGUAUAUGAAAACUAUAUAUAUAUAUAAAUAACUUUAUAUAUAUAUGGAAUAUAUAAAAUGGUGCUUUAUUUUACACGAUAUCUGUGGUUGAAAUAAAGCACACUUGAUGUAACAGUUGGAGCUUUAUUUUAUUUACUGAAAUACAUUCCAUAAUCUAUUAUGUCAUUUUGCUUCUUCCAGUGUUCUGUUCUUUUUUUGGUUUAUUUGAAUCGAUGAUAAAUUAAUAAAAAAUACUAAUAUGAAUCAUUAAGAACCAAA